AUGUCCCUGCAGGGGCAGUGUGCCUGCCACGUGUGGACCAAAUCUUGUUGGCACACAGUGAGCCAAAGACCCCAGAAACGUCCACACCAGCUGCAGCUGAGAUCCAAGCUGAGGCUGACAGUUAUCUGUGGUGCCCUCCAGAGGUGCAGUGGGAAUAACCCUCGGCCAGAAUGCACCGUCUUAGGCCGCCAUCCCUUUGCCCACUUGAGUGAAUCCUGCCCCGUCGCCGACCCUCCAUGUCUAAGUGCAGAGCUGGAUGAGCUGCGUGACGUUGACCCUGUGGCUGCAUCUCUUGGUGCUUAG